AUGGGUGUCGCCAUUCGUGGCCAGGACCUCGAAAACUCCGUUGUCAAUGGUCAAGAUACUGACAUCAAAGGUCCCACCUCCAAGGUCGAAUACAAGGAUAUUCUUCUCACCCCCUUUCUUAUCCAAACCGUAUGCAAUGGCAGCCGCGGUGGGUUCAUUGAUUAUUCUUGCAACGUUGAGGCCAGAAAUUACACCAGCAUCCUUGGUGGCCUGCCUCUGAGCAUCGUUGAAGUAUGCUGGAAGAAUAACAUAAUAAAUAAAUUAGUAAAUCAAUUAGAAACUCUAAUCGACGAAAAUGAUGUAAAUGAGUUCAUAGCACACAUGUAAAUUUUAAUGAUUGGAGAAGUUUUGAUGAAGGUUUCACUCACCAGGGACAGUGACAACAGCGUCCUUAAUCUUCUUCCCAAGGAACGCUUCCGCCGUCUCCUUCAUCUUGGUCAGAACCAUUGCACUAAUCUCCUCGGGACUGAAGACCUUUGUCUCUCCGUCCUUGAUCUUCACCUGAAUAUAAGGCUUUCCAUCCCUGUUUACUAUCUUGUAGGGGACGAGCUUCAUAUCUCUCUGUACCUCCUUAUCUUCAAAUCUAUGAGGUACAAAGCAACAGUUAUUAUAGUUCUGAAAAGAAAUUUGGCCAUUAAAGCUUCAUACUAA